AUGACCCGAUUCCACAGGCUUCAACGUUGCACAAGUCUGCAAGAUUCACUAUGUGCAGCAUGGAGACAACAUUGGAGAACUCAUCCUGUGGAUGGGCUGCGAGUCCCAGACUCUGCUACACUAGGUGCCGUUGCUCCACAAUCCAUGAGACCCAGCAGAGUCCAUGAGAAUGUGGCAGCAGCCCAUGCAAGGAGGCACACACCCCAGGAAAUUAAACCAGCAAGACAAGUCGUUCUGGAGGAUCCAUUGCUGCAGAAAAUCAUUGAAUCACGCCAGAGGAUCACCAGGUCGCCCGGAAACCCAAUGGAGAGAAUCAAGGUUGCAGGUGUCAGCUUUGAAGACAGGCAGGAAGUCCUGGCUUCUUGCAAUUUUGGAGAUGUUGUCAUACUGUCCCAUGAGCCCUGGAACCCAGUGGAUCCCAGUGCAGUUGCAGUACAUUUGCUGGAUGGGCGACAACUGGGGUAUGUGCCACGCGACAGCACCGGGGUCUUCACGCACAAGACAACUUUCGGUCGCAUAUCAUCUGUUGGUCGGAAUGAGGUAAACCUCUAUGGUGCCUUCAUUGAUGUGCAGCCCUCACUGCCAUACUUUACUUUCUGCCCUGUGGCCCUUCAUCUGGGCGCCAAUGAACACAUUCUUGAUUGUCUGGGCCAAGACCACAGUGAUCGUUUGCGUCAAGCAGCUUUGGAAAAAGCAGGGAAAAGGUGUGCGAUCACAGGGAUUUCCCACGAAGAUUGCAAAUUGGAAGUGUGUGAUGAGUGGUGGUGCGAUGAUGACAAGCGAGUAGGUUACAUGGAUGGACUAGAUGUGUUGGCAGCUCCGCUUGCAUGGCUCCGCCGACUGCCAGGAAUCCACGCAGCGGGUACACAGGAGUGGAACAAGGGCAUGGUGGUGAUGGCCAACAUUAAUGGAUGGUCUGUAUCUGAGGCUGAGCAAUACACAAGUCAACGCCGUCAAAAUCAGUUGCAAAUGUCCCUAUCGGCAAAAGGAACUCAAGCAGAGGUCGCAUCCCAAUGGAAGCUGGACUUUUCGUGGCUACGGGAACAAGGUGUUGAGAUACCCGAACUGCUGCGCCAAACUGUGAUGGUGAAGAUUGUCCACUAA